UGAUUUUUUUCAUGUUUCUGAAGAUUUCAAGCUUUAGAAGUUUGCAGGUUGCAAUGGAGCUCAAAGGCUUCUAUGUUGUGACUUUUGUCCUGAUGUUAGGAUUCUCUGGUACAGUUGGUGAAUACGUUGGCUUAUCUGAUAAUCAAUGUGCUGUCCCAGCCAAAGACAGAGUAGACUGUGGCUACCCUGAAGUCACUGCAGAACAAUGCAAUAACAGAGGGUGUUGCUUUGAUUCCAGCAUCCCUGAAGUACCCUGGUGCUUCAAACCUCUCCAAGAUGCAGAGUGCACAUUUUAGUGUGAAGAUGUCUUCUCCUGGAUAUCAGCAGACAAACUAGUAAACCAAUCUUGUACCUUGCACCACGUUCUCAGAUGAUUACUGGAUUAUCUAAUCGAAUAUCUGCUUUUUGAUCCAUUUUAAAGAUUCCUGAUGAAUUUGUGGAGACUGUCUUAAAGAAUUAAGAUGACACCCUUAGCAUACAGACAUUUGUUUGUUCCUCUUUUAAAAAGCAACUGUAGUUUUUACUCCAAUUUCUAAAAAGAAGUUGUAGGGAUUAUACUGUUGUAUUUUUUAACAAAAUGCCUCCACUGAAACUUAAUGAAAAAGACUCAGGCUACUUGGGAUUUUUUCCUUUUUACUCCUUUAAUUCUUGUUUUAUGUCUAAUUGGUUGUGUAAUAUGGAUCUUAACUUCAUGAAUAGACAAAAAUUCUCUUUUGGGAAGUAUAAGGGAAAAUAAAUAAUAAAUUAACCGUACCAAUGACAUAAGACAUUAAAUAUCCCAAUAUUCUGAAUAUAGACCUUUCACAUUGCCCUAAGAUAACUGCUUAUAGUAAGGAAAACCAUAAAGAAGUUACGUACAUACAUGUAUGUACGCUCCUAUAUAGUAUAUUCUUAUAUGCUCACAACUAUAGGUAUCAUAAAUAUGUGAUAUCACAUAUGGAAGAGGACAAGAAAAGAGAGUAUUCUCCUGAACUAGUAACCUGGCUGAAUUUUUUUUGACAAGUUAAUUAAGUAGUUGUGAAAUAUUUUGAGAUGUGGAUCCAUUAUAGUAAAAAUAAAAUAAAGUUAUAAAACACAAAUUGAAUAAGCUCCAUGAAGUCUUAAUAGCUUCUUAGAUUUACCUGUUUUUCAGCUUUCAAUCAUUCAAAGAAAUUAUUAGAAUUCAGGGAAACAAAUGUAUAUUUGAUUAUUUUCAUUCCAGAUCCUACUUUCUAAGAGUUGCUUUUUAAAAUAAAAACUAAGAUUCUGCUGGCAAAUUCCUAUGAAAUCUAUUUCACUUAAACACGUUUACAUACCACUCGUAAAA